AUGGAUGGGGAGGUUCAUGUCGGUGGUGUUAGGGCGAUGGGUGCUUUUAGGCAGCCCUGCCCCUCUAUCUUGAAAGACGCCAUGGGUACUCCCCAUUUGGCGGAUAGUGGAUCGGAGGGGUCAGUGUCAGGGGAGGAGUCCCAGAAUUGCAACCCCUCCAAGGGUCGGGUUAGCCAAGUGGUGGCAGCGUGCGAAGUGGGUUUGACUAUUGCUGAUGAGGUGGUGGAACAGCCCAUGGGUGGAGGCAUAAGCGGUGUAGCUGAUACAGGGAAUAGCAGUAUUGCAGGGUUGGAUGCUGGGAAGCUUGAUGAAUAUUGA